AUGCAGAAAACGGCUGCAGUGAUCCAAGGGCAUGCAGGCAGAGAACUUAGAACAUGUGAUCAACUUGUGCUUGCACAGAAAUUGACAGGACCUCGCCGUCAGAGACAACGAACGGAGUGGCUUUGCAACAGCUGCAGAUAUGCAGAUGCAGAUGGCUUACUGAAAGAGCGUGAGCACGCCCAUCCGAAAGAGAAAGUGCUAGCAUAUACAAUCUACCUAGUAUCGUUCGUGAAUGGCGACAGACCCUCCAGGAAUAACGUCCAUACCAAGGUACUUUUGCGAGAUUUCGCAAGGGAGCGAAGUACAUUACAGUCUCAGGGGCUACUCCGAGUAGCCUCAGACGGAAUAUUCAGAGUCAUCACUUCCUCACCCACAACAGCUGACAUGACCGUGAUGACACCAGGCGGCCUGGCAGUGUUUUAUCCCCAUUGGACGCUGAACAAAAUAGCAUUGGCGAGCCACCGCAUCACGAGAGCCAACUUGGACGGACAGGAACAAGGGAAUGUGUGCCCGAGCGUUGGAUGCACCGGGAAGUCCGUCUUCAGCGUGGAGAGGACCACACACUUCCUGGGAGAACUAUGCGGUGUGAUGUCCCCCCUCUGGCGAAUCAACAGUGCAGAAGAUUUCGAUGGCUCGCUGGAAAGACAAUGAGUAGGGGCAUGAACUAGUGAAGGACUGACUCUCCACGUGGCCAUGUCGAACUCCAUGAUCAUUCAAGUGCGAUUUUCGCCGUUGGGACGUUCUUGGCGAGUGGAAGGCUCGGACCGGCCUGAAUGAAUUCAAAAGAGGAUAACACAAGAGAUGAUAAAUGUUCUCCAAUGAUUGUCCGAAGUCAAGGAAAGAGGGACUAAAA